AUGAAUAUUUUUCUUGAGAAUUAUAACUACGAAAAUAGCAAACAAUGGCUAAUGGAUUAUGAAAGUUUAUUGUUAAAAUGUGUUUUUGUUUAUAUUGUAACGAUAUUUUCUUUGAAAUUUGUUAUGGCAAAUCGAAAGCCUUUUGAUCUUCAGAUGCCACUAAUUAUUUGGUUUUUUUCUUAUCUUUCCUUUAAAAACUAUACAUACACUGAGAUUGGUGAACUUCAAAAAGAUCCAAAUGCCGGCUACUGGGCCUUUGCUUGGUGUGUCUCUAAAAUCCCAGAACUUAUUGACACACUUUUUGUUGUGUUACGAAAAAGGCCACUUAUGUUUAUGCAUUGGUAUCAUCACGCGUUGACGGGCUAUUUUGCUUUUGUUACUUUUUAUGAAGAAAAUGCUUAUAUGGUUUGGGUUGUUUGGCUUAACUAUUUUAUUCAUUCAUUUAUGUACUCUUAUUAUUGUGCUCGUGCAAUACGCAUUCGUGUACCACCACAACUUGCUCAACUACUUACUUUUGCACAAAUCUGCCAAUUUAUGAUAACGCAUGCUGUAAUGGGACAUUUGCUUUGGCUUUGUUAUUCUAAUACAAAUAAAGUUUAUGCUGCCUUCAUGGAAGUCACUUAUAUUCUACUUUGGUUCCGUUUCUACUAUAUUAGCUAUAUAGCAAAUGGUGGAAAGAAAUACACUCAACACCGGAUUGCAACUCAAAACGGGAAAAUACAGCAAAAGAUUGAAUAA